AUGAAUCAAAUUGAAACAAUAAUCAAUUUUAAUGAUUUGAAUAAUCUAGAGAAUUUAGAAAUAGAUAAUGAUAUUGCUAUUUUAUUAAGCUGGUUGGGAUCAUUAGAUGUUAAUAAUAAGAAUAAUCAUAUUACAGAACCAAGUCAAAGAAUUAAAUUUGCCAUUCGCACUUGUUUAAAAGAUGAAAUCAAUCAAAUUGAUUUUAUGAAAUUAUAUAUAAAUACAAUACAAAAUGAGGUUGAUAUUUACUUUAAAAGGCAUAGAAGUCAAUCAAUUGUCGAAUAUAUACUGUGUUUUAAAUUUAUAAUCAAUCAUUAUUCAAAAAUUUUCAACUAUUUAAAUUUAAAUGAUGAAAUACGAAAAUUGAAUGAAGAUAAAAUAUCAUUAUUAAUUAAAUUUAAUUUAAGUGAUAAUUUUACAAUCUUAAUGAAUGAAUUCUUUCAAUCACAUUUAUUUCAAAAUAGUUUAGUUGCUCCAACAAAUUUAAAUACAUUAAAUUUAAUAGAUAUUAUAUCAACUUUAAUUACAAUUAAUUUAGGAAUUGAAUUAAAUGAAAUUAUAAUAAAAUUAGCAACUAAUAAGAUUAAAAAUUAUACAAGGAAUUUAUCAACAUUUAUCUGGGAUAAACCAUUACUUGACAAACUUUUAAUUUUUAUUCAAAAUGAAGUUUAUCCUGAUUUUAUAAUUACAAAUAAUUUCGUUAAUAAUCAAAAUUUUACAAAUGACAAGUACUUAAACGAAUUAAUAAAGAUAUCAAAUGAUGAGUUAAUUGAAAUUAGAAUUGAUGAGAUUUAUAAAAUAAUUGAAAAUUUUCCAAAUUCAAAAACUGCAUUAGUUGAGUUACAUAAUUGUUUAGGUGCAAAUAAUUCAAGUACUCAAAGAUCAAAAUUGACUAAUCAGUUUAUAUCUUAUUGUAAAUCAAAUUUAUUACAUGCUGGAGUAGAAACUGUUGAAGUUAUAACAAUGUACACUAAAACAAUUAAUGCCUUUUUAAUAAUUGAUCCAAAAGGUGUACUUUUAGAUAAAGUAAUUAGACCAAUACGAACAUAUCUAAAAGCAAGAUCAGAUAUAAUUAUAAAAUUAGUACAUGGUUUAUUAGAUACUUCACCUUUAACAAAUCCAUUAUUUGAAUUAGCUCAAGAUUUAAGAAACCCCAAGAAUAGCAAGAAGAUGAUAAAUAUAAAUGACAACCAAGACUUAAAUUGGCAACCUGAUCCAAUCGAUGCAUUACGUGAUUUUAAAAAGGAAAAGAUCGAAGAUACGAUUGAAUCAUUAAUUUCAAUUUUUGAAUCAAAGGAAAUUUUCAUUGAUGAAUUUACAAAAUUAUUUAGUGAAAAAUUAAUUAAAUUUGAACAACCAUUGGAUGAACUUGAAAUGAAUUUGAAUUAUUUAAAAUUGAAAUUUGGUAGUACAGAUUUUAUAAAUUUAGAUAUUAUGAUUAAGGAUAUAAAAGAUAGUGGUAAAUUAAAUUCAUCAAAAAAUAAUUUUCAAUCAAUUGUAUUAUCACAUUUAUACUGGUCAAAUAUUUUAGAAAAUGACAUUAAUAAUUUCAAAGUACCAAAAAUAAUUGAAGAUGAAUUUGAGAAAUUUAAUUCUAAUUUUAAAUUACAAAAACAAGGUAGAUUUUUAAAAUUGAUUCCUAAUUUAGGUUUGGUAAACUUAGAAAUUGAAAUAAAUGGAGAAAUCAAAUCAUUUGAAGUGAGUCCUGAUAAAGUAAGUAUUGUUUAUUUAUUUAAUGAAUCUGAAAAUGAAUUAUCGGUUGAUUAUAUUUGUCAGACUUUAAAUAUGAAUGAAUAUGUGGUACAGAAAGGAUUAGAGUUUUGGAAAAACCAGGGAGUAUUAUUAGAAUUGACUAAGAAUCUAUAUAUAGCUAAUGAUUAA